AUGAACUCGGCAAAUCCACAGGAACUCAUCCGCCUCGCCCGAGACCUUUCGGACGUUAUAAAAAGGGUCGAUUUUGAGUCGGGAUUGUCUGUGGCGCAGCGCGAGCGCAUUCUCUGUCUCAAUCAAGCAAUCAAAAACAAAGUGCAGCCUCCGGAGGACCACAUCAUCGCCACGGCCUUCACGAUCAAUCUCAACGUCUGCAUUCGUGCCUGUAUCGAACUCGGAGUGUUCGAUUUACUGCACUCCGCAGCCCCGAAUUCGCUCUCUGCCUCUGACGUUUCAAGGAUACUGAACGCGGAAGAACUACUGAUUAUUCGCUUCAUGCGAGGCGUCUGCUCCCUCAACUUUGCGACCGAGGUAGGACCAAACCGCUUUCUGGCCAACAACGUCACCCACGCCAUGGCCCAACCACCUCUGGCUGCAGGUUUUAGUCUCAUAUUCGACAAUGCCGCAAGACCGAAAAGCAACCUGUGGUCUCACAUGGAGCUCUUUCGCCAGCAGGGAUAUAAGAGCCCCUUCGACGCCAAGAAUGGGCCCUAUCAGCAUGCAAACGACUGUGUCGGCAAAACGACCUUCGAGCAUUGGAUGCUGGAUCCGGCAGAGAGCGCUCGAUUCAACACGUUUAUGAAAGGCGUCAGGGGAAGCCGGCCGAAUUGGUACACGUGGUUCGACGUCAAAAUGCUUCUCGAAAACGACCGCGAGGUAAGAGAUAAGGAAGUCUUCAUGGUCGACGUCGCCGGAGGGUAUGGGCACGAUUUGGACGCGUUUCUGCAAUGCCAUGGCGACCGGGUCCGAGGCCGGAUCAUUCUACAGGACCUCCCAGGCGUCAUCGAGGCCAUCGCGCCAGGUUCCAUCUCCGAGCGGAUUGAGAGACAGAAGCACGACUUCUUUCUCGCCCAGCCCGUCCACGGCGCCAGGAUAUACUUUAUGCAUAUGAUCAUGCACGACUGGCCUGAUGACGACUGUGUCAGAAUCCUGACCCACUUGAAGGACGCGAUGACAAGGGGCUACUCGCAGAUCCUGAUCAACGAUAUGAUUCUUCCUGACACGCAGUGUCCGUUGAUUGCAACCGGAAUGGACAUUACGAUGAUGGCGCACCAUUGCGGGGUGGAGAGGAAUGAAGAAAUGUGGAUGAGCCUGAUCGCCAAAGUUGGCGGCCUGGAACUGGUGAAGAUUUGGUACCCGCCCGAAGGGGAGGGGAUCGUUCAGAUCGCCAGAAAAUGA